CGCCGAGGCGGCGGCGGCGGCAAGAUGGCGGACUUCCUGCCGUCGCGGUCCGUGCUGUCCGUGUGCUUCCCCGGCUGCGUGCUGACGAGCGGCGAGGCCGAGCAGCAGCGCAAGUCCAAGGAGAUCGACAAAUGCCUGUCCCGGGAGAAGACCUACGUGAAGCGGCUGGUGAAGAUCCUGCUGCUGGGCGCGGGCGAGAGCGGCAAGUCCACCUUCCUGAAGCAGAUGCGGAUCAUCCACGGGCAGGACUUCGACCAGCGCGCGCGCGAGGAGUUCCGCCCCACCAUCUACAGCAACGUGAUCAAAGGCAUGAGGGUGCUGGUAGAUGCUCGAGAGAAGCUUCACAUUCCUUGGGGAGAUAAUACAAACCAAUUCAAUGGAGAGAAGAUGAUGGCAUUUGACACACGGUCACCCAUGGCGGCCCAGGGAAUGGUGGAAACCAGGGUGUUCCUACAGUAUCUUCCUGCUAUAAGAGCCUUAUGGGCAGAUAGUGGCAUACAGCAUGCCUAUGACCGGCGUCGAGAAUUUCAACUGGGUGAAUCUGUAAAAUAUUUCUUGGAUAAUUUGGAUAAACUCGGAGAACAAGAUUACAUUCCAUCACAACAAGAUAUUCUGCUUGCCAGAAGACCCACCAAAGGCAUUCAUGAGUACGACUUUGAAAUUAAAAACGUUCCUUUCAAAAUGGUUGAUGUAGGGGGUCAAAGAUCAGAAAGGAAACGUUGGUUUGAGUGCUUUGACAGUGUGACAUCAAUACUGUUCCUUGUUUCCUCAAGUGAAUUUGACCAGGUGCUUAUGGAAGACCGACUGACCAAUCGCCUUACAGAAUCUCUGAACAUUUUUGAAACCAUCGUCAACAACCGGGUUUUCAGCAACGUCUCCAUAAUACUCUUCUUAAACAAGACAGACUUGCUCGAGGAGAAAGUGCAGAUUGUCAGCAUCAAAGACUAUUUCUUAGAAUUUGAAGGGGAUCCCCACUGCUUAAGAGACGUCCAAAAAUUCCUGGUGGAAUGUUUCCGUAACAAACGCCGGGACCAGCAGCAGAAGCCCUUAUACCACCACUUCACCACUGCUAUCAACACAGAAAACAUCCGCCUCGUUUUCCGUGAUGUGAAGGAUACUAUUCUUCACGACAACCUCAAGCAGCUUAUGCUACAGUGAUGUACAAAAGACUCGCUAUUUUAAUAUCUUUUUGUGUUUUUGAUUGUUUUCUGUUUGUGUUUUGUUUUUUAAAAUAGCAGUUUACAACAGGAAUUAGAAAAAUCUUGAUUCUAUGUUUAACUUCUUGGAAAUCUUAGUCCGUCUUCUGUGGACUUUGGUUUGUGGCUGAGAGCUGCUGAAUAACACAUUGCCAAUAUCUGCUGAAGUUUAGGCUUGGAUCUGUUUCAGUACGGCUUGCACUUGAGUCAAGUUGUAAUUUCCUGGCAGACCUCAGACUAUAGGUGUAUUUCAGGCUUUACAUUAGUCCACUUUUCAAACUGAAUUCUGUAGUGCCAAGUAUAGAAGAUGUCCUUAAAUAUUUGCAGGUAUGAGACUAAGAACGAACAAAGUAAGUAAGCUAUCUUUUGUCUGCCUUAUUACACAUAGCAGUAACACUUGUUGCCUACCUUUAUGGUGACGACCUCUUUUGAAAGGGCUAUUGGAAAGAAGUUUGAGCUAAGGAAUGUCAUUCGGUAGGUUUACACAGAUUUAGCCUUCAUGUUUUUGUAAUUGCUUGUACACCCAGCAGUUAUUUUGUUUCUCAAAUGUCUGUGGUUUCUGAAGGUGAUGUUCAUAGUGUUUGAAGGUUUACAUAAGGAUUUCUGGUCUGUCUCAUGCUGAUGAGUUCACAGAUGGUAUGGGGGAGCAAAAGGCAAGCAGAUGCCAUAGAGUGUUUUGAUCAGAAGUAAUGAGGGAAAUGGAAUUUGCCUUUUACAUAUUUAAUUAUCCUGUAAUUAAUGUGCCGUAUGUGAAACAUCCUGGCCUCACGGCAACUAAACACUGCAAGCAACUUGGUAGCAGAACUUUCUGAAUAAACAUACCCUUUCCAGAAUAUCGUGUGUCUUAACCCUCAAACUUUUAAAUCCUGUCUCAGAUGAUUUGGGUCUUUGCUGUAGGAAAUCAUUCUGUGAUCAUCACAGACAUCUUUUUUUUUUUUUUUGCUCUCUUGUCCAUUCCCUUCAACUCCAGAUUGUGGCAUUUAUGGGUUUUUUUUUCCCCCCCCUCCUUUAUUUGGAGCUUGCCAAGGGCAGUAUUUUCCUGUCAAAUAUUCAAGAAGGCAUUAUUCGAGCCUCCUAGUCAUUCUUGGUGUAUCGCUAAAAGAUGCAGUAUAUGCAUGUUUGUGUAGUUAUUGUUUAUGGAAUACCAGCUUUUUUGAGGUACAUUUUAAAUGUUAAAGACUGCUUCUAAGGAUAAGUAGUAAUUUUUUAGUUCACACCUAAAGUUGAUUACAUUUGGCCACCCCUCACCACUUACCAAGUUAGAACAAAGUAACUUUAUGAUUACGGAGGCUUUUAUGGUGAACUCAUCAGAAUGGCUGGUUUGCAAUCAUAAAAAUACUGUCUUGUAGGUUGUAUGUAGUGUUAGAAUUGGGUUUAGAGAAACAGAUGUUUAAGGCUGGUGACAGUUUGAAAAGUGUGACAGCUUUUCUCCUUCUCCUGAAAAUUGUGAUUAAGACUGUGAUAUCUGCCACUUUACAGUAUAGCUGACUGUUCUCAGGUAUUUUUUGGUUAGAAAGCCCUUGGAAAGACUGGUCAACAUUACGGAUCGCCCAGUCUUUCCAAGACAGUUUUGCUUGGUGUAUUCUACCAUUGGGUAUAAGGCUGGGCUUUUCAGUGAGCUAACCAGAGAUUGUUCCUAACAUAGCUUCUGUUCUUGCAUUUUAAGUUCCCAUCCUCGUAUACAUAGCAACUUCCAGUGUUCAUGCAUUGGUAAUACAUGAGCUACAAACAUGUAGCCGGCAUCAUAAUGCAAGUGUGCGUAGUAUAGUUGAUGCAUGUCUAAAUAAUCAACUGCUUCUUGCCAAAAAGAAUACACUGUUGGAAUUCACAGGUUUAGCAUCAUUUCUGUGCUAAUGAAUAUCUCUGAAUAUGUGCACAGUAACAUUGGACUGUUCAAUGGAGAGUCUAAAUGUAAAUUUAGCCAGUAGUUUUAUUGAAUUAUCAAAUGUUAUCUAUCUCCACUGAAGGCUAAAUAAAUUCCCUGUAUAUAAAGGAAACUCAGUCUUACUUAAUAUCGGUGCCCUGAGCUAUAAAUACUGCCUGACAGAGCAGAAAUCACCAAGUUUCUCCAUUUUGACCACCACCAAGAAAUGUUAAACCACAUAGAUACGGUAUUAUUUUUGGGCUUUGUGAUUCUCUUGCUUGAUGUGUGCGAUGUCCCAGUCAAUAUUCUUUUAAAAUAAAGUCUAGAAUAUAUUUUGAGACAGUAAAUUACAUAUAUUUACUUCCAGAUGUGUGUGAAUAUCCAGUAGAAUGGUAAGGUUCAGUCUAAAGGCUUUAGACCACAUUUUUUAUAUACUGUAUUUUUAAAACAUUUGAAGGAGCCUUAUACCUAUAGAAUGAAAACCAGAUCUGUUUGAAAUACCACUGUAUGAAGAAGGAGAUGAAAUUUAGGAACAGAAUUGAAAGGGUAUUACAAUUUUCACUAUGCUGUUUCCCUCCCCCCCCCAACACACAUACACACAAUCUCUAAAAAAGUAAUUUAAAUUUAAUGUUCUUUUGGUGUGUUCAAUUUUCCAAGUUUUCAUGGUUUUGUUUUGGAAUAAAACGUGCCUAAUUCUAUACUACAUUCUGUUCUUAAGCCUGAUUGCCUUCUCUCUUAAUUCUCAAGAAAUACCACACAAGUGUCUUCAUUGCCCUUGAACAAAUUUAUACCAGACAGAGUUGCCUUAUAAAUCCAAGAACAACACAAAUUUAGGCCUUGAUUUUUUUAGGGGAAAGGGUUUUGUCACAUGUUUUCUGAAGAUCUAAAUAAUUCAAGAUGUGUAUCUGCCACUAAAAUAUUAAUUUUAGUAACCUGAACUGUUGCUCUCUGCCAAAUAUUUUAUUAAAUUGAAAUCUUCAUUUCCAUUUUAUUGUCUGGAAAGGGCACUUGAGAGCUAGAGAGUAACUGCAACAAAGGAGGCAAAGUAAAGUGAAAAAGAUCCUUAUUUUUUGUUUUCUUUUAAGAAGUUACAUUGGCAUGUACUUUACAGAGAGUAAGACUGCUGGCUGCUGGUUAACCUCUGAAAUCCUAUUCAGUUGGGUGGCAGUGGUUGGUUUAAAGUAGAACCUUCAAAGUUACCUUAAUACCAGAAAUGAUUAUGAUAAGUAUUGAUUUAGAGUCAGUCAAAGCCCUAUGCCCUAUAAUAGUUUUUGUAAGCAAGAAUGGGUAAACCUUACCUUUCAAUGCAUACCCAAGUAUUUGUAUUUAUGCUUUUGAUGAAAUGUAUUUUCAGCAUUCAUACACAUACCUGGUUAUGACUUAUUUAUAUGAAGAAUAAAGUUGCCAAGAUAUGCUCUAUCAUGUCCGCUCAAAUCACAGUUAAGAAGCCCUGAAAUUGGUGCUUUCAUUACAUAAUGAUAUAUUCGAAGCAAAAUUCUCUCCAUUGCAAUUUGUAGCAUUGUUAAUUUCUUCGUAUGUAAGUAACCAAAAAACCAAAUAUCAGUGUUAACUCUUAAUUUCUUGUUUGAAUCCAUGAAAUGAUGCCUGUAAAGCCAGUCAGACAUUUGUAACAAAGCCCAUAAUAAAUCUAGAGAAAGUCAGCCUGUUACUUUUUCAUUUAUUGUAGUUUGAGGAAUCACUAACAGAAAUUUUGCACACGUCUUUUUCAGUUGGAAAUGCUGUCGUUGGACUGGGUCACUCUGCCCCCUUUCCCAGCAUUUUGACAUGUUAGACGAGUCGCAUUCGUUACCGGUGAUCUACCCAUGUUUUGUACCACUUGAUUCAAAGUACUGAUUUUUUUUUUCUUUUUAAGUGAUAGGAUACAAGUUGGCUUCCCAAUCUAGUAACCAUGAGGAAGAGAGAGAUUGUAUGUGAGUCGGUGUGUGUAUGUCUCCAGGUCCUAAAUGAAGCAGAUAAUACAGUACAUACCUAGUAUUUUAUGGUACGAGGUUAGGGCUUAAUAAAUUUAUACUAGAGAUUGAAGUAUAAAUCUAAACCUGAACAUUUUAAACAAGGUGGCCUUGAUGACUUUUUCAGGUACCAUCAAGUAGGUAUUAGCCUUAGCGUGGUAAAUUAUUAUUAACUUCAUUUUGAAGUUCAAUGUUUGUACCACUAGUAUUGCUGUGUCUACUUGGAUGUGUAGUUAGCAUUUAAAUAAAUGUGUUUACAUUGUUGGCAUUUAAGCCCAACCAUCUUGGUUUAGAUACCAGAGCUUAUGUGGGACACUGAUUGUUCUUAAAGCAUUAAUGAUAGGACAGUAUUUUCUGGGUUAAAAGAGAUUUUAUAACCUAUCCAAGUCUGCCGUUGAUGAUAACGAUGGAAACUUCCAGGUGGAUCGAAGUAUGCCAAGGCCCACUCUGCAUGAAUUUUCAGGCAGUGAGUAUCACAAUAGCAAUGUGCUACUUUCUCAGAAUGUGAUUUUUGGUUUGUAUUUAGAAAGCUUGCUUAUAACGUUUCUUGCCAUAGUAGGUGAUGACUUUGUCCUCAGUCGUGUCUAGUUGAUGGUACCAAGAAAAAAAGGGAUGGGGGCAAGUAGGGAUUAAUUCUUGAAAAAUAUAUGUAACAAUGCAACAAACUAUGCCAUUUACCUUUUCUUUACCUCUUACUUGAAAGCAGAAUCGCAUAUGUUUUAAAUGGCUUUUCUAUACUACUAUUCUGUGGCGAGAGCUUAUUUAGCCCAAGAAUCCUCAUCAAAAAGUGUAUUUUCUAACAGCCUCACACUGUACCUAACAAACCAUGAUUUGUAUCGGCUCUGUAUAAAAGUAUUGUGGCUUAGGUUUUGUUUUUUUCAUAUACAUAUAUCUUUUUUAUAACUUUCCAGGAACUAAGCACAUUAUCUGAUACUGUAAAUUUCUUUUCUGUCAGUGCUUUAGUUCAGGAUUGGCAAUAAAUUAUUUCUAAAGGAGGUCUAAAAGUAGAAAGAACGGUUUGAUUUUAUGAGUUGCUAGUUCAUUAAGGCUUUUUACUUUUGUACAUAUUUUGCAAACAUUCUGCCUCUUGCUAUUAAUAUUUGCUUUGUAAAAAUUACUGACGUUUAAUAAACAUUUAUAAACUCUUCAGUACUAUGAUGUUAUUUCAACUAGCAUUUGAUAAAUAUAAAGUGUAAAGCCAAUAGCUUAAAAGUUUGAAAGUAAAAAUCUCAUCUAGUGACUUUAGGCACAGAAAUGUCUAUUCUGGCAGCUCUCUGACAGUACUUGGCCUUUCUAUCAGACCAUAAACUUUCCCUUACUAAAGAUGGAGAUGUGGACUUCUUCCCAGAAAGUUCAUAGACACUUCAUGUGUUUUGACGUCGAGUAGGGGAAGGGGAACCUUUUGUCUUUCUGCUCCUCUUAUACUAGCUGACACCGUUAACAUGUAUCUGGGCUUGUGGUUCCUUCAGCUGGCAGAAGUAAUGCUAUUAUGUCUAUAGCAAUUGACACAGUGUUUACAAAACAAACCAUGUUACCACUCAUCCAUACACUUUUAAGGUAUAUACAGAAAAAUUGCAAAGAUAGUACAGAGUUGCCAGUGUUCCACACCCCUUAUAAUGGCUUCUCUAAUUCACCUCUUAAAUUGGCGUGGUGCAUUUGUCACAAUUCAUGAACCAAUGCUGAUUACUAUUAACUCAUCAAUACUUCAUUCCAAUUUCCUUAUUUCUCCUUAAUGCCCCUUUUCUGUUCCAGCAUUUUAUCAACAACACUGUUGCAUUUAGUCAUUGUGUCUCCUUAGGCACGUCUUGGCUGUGACAGUUACUCAGACUGUCCUUGUUUUUGGUGACCUUGACAGUGUUGAGGAGUACUGGGCAAAUAUUUUGUAGAAUGUCUAUUGAGAGUUGAUGUUUUUUCUCAUGAGUAGAUGGGCUAGGGGAUUUUGCGGCCACAGAGGUGAAGUACCAAUCCUAUCAGCAUGUGGACCUCUCAUCUUUGCCCUUUAAAGCUUCAGCUACGUUAGGAGCUGUUAAGUAAUUCCUAGCAGGUUUAUACCUUUUCUUAACUGGCACACACGCAUGUACUGAAAGGUGUGCAUGUACUUUUCUCCCCUCCCCCAAGGCAGAUUGAAGGGUUUUCCUUCCCUGCAGUUGAAAUUGCAAAGCAGUUGUAAAUGUCCUGAGGCCUGUGGGCUCCCUGCCUCUCUGGCAAAGGAAAAUUCUGUUCCAUGGCCUUGCAUUUAACGUGACAUUUCACCAUCGGUCCAAGAAACAUUGAGGUAGAAAAAUUCGAUCUUAAUUUCUAAAUACCUAAAAACCUGUGAUUUUGGAAACAGGUCAUUAAAAGGCUUUCUGGGAGAGAUUUAGAUCCUUUCAAGUUGUGGCCCAAACAGUUAAGCACCGGACUACUAACUAAAAGGUAUGCAGUUCAAACCCACUCAGCGGCCCCUCUGAAGAUAGGCCUGGCAAUCUGCCAAAAAGUCACAGCCUUGAAAACCCUAUAGAGCCUAUUUCUAUUCUGCGCCCAUGUGGUUGCCAUGAGGCGGAAUCAGCUUGAGGGCAACUGACAAGUUUAAACUCACUUGAACAUUUGAAUCCCCCAAACCAAAAAGCCCCUUCCUUAAAAACUUUUUUUUUUUCUUAAGCUAGCCAUGAGUGAGUCGGAAUCUAUUUGAAGGCAACUAACACCCUCAUUGUUAGAAACAAGGGAAUAUUCAUUAUUGUAAAAGGAAAGAGUUAAAACUCAAAACUACUGUCUUGCAAAGUAUUUUGGCACAAUCAUGAUUAAUCUGACAAUCACAUGUCUUUGGCAUAGGAUGCUGUCUCAAGAUGACCUGAUAUUGCUCACAAUGUGGGUUGUUGAAAAAGAGAGACUCUAGUCUUUUGGGAAGGCAAGGCUUAUAGGUUAAACCAAGGGUUUCUUUUGUGGAAAUUUGGCGAAGCUUCAAAAAACUGAUGACCUCAGGCAAUGUUUUCACAUACGUGCUGUAGUUUUUCCUCAGAAAUUAAUGAGGCACCUGAAAUACAGUAUUGUGGUUACAGCAAGAAGUAUCCCUGAAAACACUGUGCCGCUAUAUUUCACAAGGGUUCCCUUUUCUCUCUAAGUACACCAAGGAAACAAAAGGCUCAAACAAGUAUUUGAUACAAAAUAACUAUUCAUGGCAGCUAUGUUAAGCUUCUGUGUUUGCCACAAGAAUACUGAGGAAAGUUGUGGCCAGAAUUAACACUUAUUCUGAGUGGAAGAGUGUGUUGAUUUUUCUUUGCCCCAUGAAGGUACGUGGAAGGAAAACAAAACCAGCAAAGUCUUUUUAAAAGUUGAUAAUCCUUUUGUAAUUAAUUCCAUUGCAGCUUGAGACUUAUACUUGUUUUUCUGUCCCUGUUCAGCAUUGGAGAAUGGAGGGAACAAGCAUGUGAGGUGAAACUUGGAGAAGGCCAAACAAUGUUGACCUUGAGAGAGAAAAAGUAUAGCUGUUUCAUUUUAUCUUCCUGGUAUUUUACAUGGAAAAACCCAGUUCUAGUAAGCUUUGUAAGAUGCAGCAAGAUGGUUUAAUGUCAGAGUAGUUACUCAAAAACUUUAUCCUCCAGGGAGAAAUACAGCACCCAUAGUUCAGCUGUAUUGAAGAAAUUACAGAUAAAAACUGAUUUUAUACAAGCAAUCUCUCCAUUUGUAGCAGGUUAUAGUUUGAGAAAGAAGUACUCGGCUGCUAACUGUAAGGUCAUCAGUUCAAACCCACCGGUGGCUCUUCAGGAGAAAAAACCUGGCGAUCUUCCCCUAAAGAUUAAAAAAAAAAAAAAAAUUUUUUUAUUUAGGAAAUCCCCUGGGGCAGUUCUGCUCUGUCACAUGGGAUCACCAGAAGUCAGAAUGGACUUGAUGGCACAAAACAACAACAUCUUUUGGGAAAGAUGCUGUAAGUCAAUGUAAGAGGUGAAUACAUUCCAAAUAUGGGCUGGGUGCCCAACCUUAUGGAAAUAAUGGGCAUAAAACUAGUGGAGGUUUUCUAUACAGCCUAAAAUCUUUCCAAAGCACAUACAACAAAAUAAAGCUCCAAUUCCCUGGCCUGGCAGUCAAGGCAUUUAUGUUCUAGCAUCAAGUUGCCUUUCCAACGAGCCUUCCCUUCUUAUUUCCUUCCCUCCGACUUAACUAUCAGUUGCUGUGGAUCCAAUUCAGAUUCAUGGUGACCCCACGUGUGUCACAGUAGAACUGCACUCCACAGGGUCUUCGAUGGCUGAUAAUUCAGGUGUAGAUUGCAAGGCCUUUCUUCCGAGGUGCUUCUGGGUGGACCCGAACCUCCAACCUUUAGGUUAGCAGCUGAGUUCUCUUUGCCAUUAGUCCCUUAAGGAGAGGGUAUAGGAUACGCCUGUGAUUUGGGGGAUAGGAACAUGGGCUUUGUAUAAUCCAGGAUAAUCCCCCAUCUCAAGAUCCUUAACUUAAUCCCAUCUGCAAAGACCCUUUUUCCAGGGACAUGGCUCUCUCUUGGGGGGCCAUCUUUUAGCUAAUACGGUCAGUAGCAAAGGGAAUGUUCCGGUAGCUGUGAUUUUGUCCCUCUGCUGCCUGUUUACUCUGGAGAUGUGCCUGCCUCACCUCCACACUUCCCUAACAGCAAACACGUCAUCUUUCCCUCUCAGCUCAGCUCUCCCGGCUGACUUCCUUUUUCUGCCCACAAUCCACAUCAUUUUCUCCAUUGCCUUCCUGAGAGCCAUCUGUGACCUUCUAGCUCCUUCCUCUCCCUGACACCACCCCACCCACACUUUAUAUUGAUAACCAAAUCUCUGAGCAGAGGGGAAGUUCUUGUCUAUCUCCUUGAAUUUCCAGAGAUGGGGCUGGGCCCUAGAGAGAGACAGUGACUUGCCCACAUCACGGAACGAUUCCAUGGCAAGGCUGGUAAAAUUCUUCCUGAGAACCAUGCUCCUUCCACCCCUUUAUCUCUAGCCUGCUGUCCCCUCUUUGGCCCUGUCCUCGUCUCCUCUCAUGGAGAGACUAUAGAAACCUCACUGGCUUUCUCUGUCCAGUCUCCUCUUGGGCCAAUCCAACCAGCAUCUCUUUUACUGCUUUUACUUAUGUUGUUAUUGUUGUCAUUCUUAGCUGCUGUCAACCAACAACAAACUGACCCUCAGCUCAUGGUGAUCCCACGCACAAAGGAACAAAACACUGCCCAGACCUGCUCCAUCCUUGCAAUCUGUUACAGAUCAGACGGUUGUGACCCACAGGGUUUACACUGGCUGAUUUUUGGAAGCAGAUCGCCAGGCCUCUCUUCCUAGUCCAUCGUAGUCUGGCAGCUCCACUGAAACCUGUUCAUCAGAGCAACCCACAAGCCCCCACUGACAGACGGGUGAUGGCUGUGCCUGAGAUGUAUUGGGCCAGAAUCUAACCCCAGCCUCCCACAUCGAAGGGGAGAAUUCUACCACUAAACCACCAAUGCCCCCUAACUUUUUUUUUUUUUUUGCCUUGUGUUACCCCUGCAGAAAUAGCUUCAAUGCCUCCCCAGCACCUAGAGGCCAAGUCCAUCCAUUCAGCAAACAUUUAUGGAACAUCUACUCUGUGCUAGCCGCUGGAAGGCAGGGGAACACAGUGGACCAGACACAAGCCCUGCCCGCAAUGACAGUCCUUCCAUAUACUGCCUUGGCCUGGUAUUCACUGUUCUCACCUGCCUUUCCUGGCCAACACCUACCCUCUGCUGCCCCAAUGGCCCACCUCCACAGCCAGAGGUCUGCACUCCUGCUACUGCUCAUUCUGGAGGAGAGUCCCCUGUGUGCAGAAUGCCCUGAGCCUGUCCUUGCCCGUGAAACUUCCCUGCAGUCCUGUCCAGUCCUCUGAAUGUUGUCACCCUCCUCAUGUGUGCCAUUCUGUGGCCCGUGAUCCUCUACGUCAGUGCCGAGCUCUGCUUUCUGUCCUGGCUUGAUGGAAGGAGAUCCUGGCAGCUGCCUUUGCUGCCUCGUGGGGUCGGUUCCUGUCUCCAUUCCUCCUCCACCACCACUUUUGCUACUGUCUGGCUCUUUCAGCUUUUGCCACUGCCUGGAAGGUGGGUGCAUGACAGCAGUCUGCCCAGUGGAAACACCUCUGACUCCAGGACACCCAACCCACCCUCUGGAAGACAGCUCUCCCUGGCAUUGCCACUGGUGGGGAGGCACAGCCGUGGCUGAACCAAGUCGGGGGUAGGCCCCUCAGCUCAGGGUUCUAAGCAAGAGCUGAGAAGCCUGUCGUCCACUCCCACCUGGGUCCAGAACCCUGGGGUCCUCACAGGGAAUUCCGUUCGGCCUCCCACAGUGAACGCUCCUGCCUGUGGUUAAACUGGGCAUGUCCCUUUCUUUUGACCCUGAGGAACCCGACCAGCCAGACGGCGCAGAUUCCUGACAUUUUUAUGGGCAUUUUACUGGUUUCCUUACCUAUUGCUGUGUAACAAACUACUCAGAAACUUUGCGACUUAAAGCAACAGAGAUGCUAUUUGCUCUUAGUUCUGUGGGUCAGGAAUUUAAACAGGGCCCAAUGGGGGUGGCUGGAACAUCCCAGAAGGUGUCUCCACUCCCAUGUCAGGGGUCUCAGCUACUUUGGCUCAGAAGUGUGGGGGCUGCCUGGAUAGCUAGCUGCCCCAGGGGGCACAAGCCUGGCUUUGUUCCUUGGUUCUCCUCUGCAGAACCACAGGGUCUCCCCCUCUCCACGUGGUCCCCCCCCGCCUCCCAGCAGGAUAGCCAGUUUGUGACGUGAUGGCUUAGGGCUCCCAAGAAUGCAAACGUGGAAUCCGCAGGGCUUGCUGAAGGCAUUGGCCUAAACUGGGAAGGUGCCUCUAUUGGUUUAAGCAGCCCAGAUUCAAGGGGAGGGGUCUAUGGAGGUAGGAAUACCAGGAGGCAUGGUUCACUGGGGCUGAGGAUGUAACAAACUACUAUAUAUAUCUUAUCUCUCCAGGUGGGGACUAAAUCUUGAGGUACCCCUCACAAUGGCUCAUUCCUAGGAGCUGCUUGGUCAACGUUUUGUUUUACUGAGAAAGGACUGAGGAGACCUCAGGUGCCAUGGGGCCACCUGACAAAGCCUGUCAUACUGCCAAUCCCUUCAUUACCAAGAGGUAUCCUUGGGAUUGGUUGACAGAAAAUGUAGCAAUUUCAACCACCACUUCAUUUUACAAGUGACAAAACUGAGUCUCAUUCCAGCUUUAAGCUUAUAACACUUGCUAAAGGCCACAUACCAGGAACCCUGUGGCACAGUGGUUAAGGGAUCCACUGCUAACCAAAAGGUCAGCAGUUCAAAUGUACCAGCCGCACCUUGGAAACUCUAUGGGGCAGUUCUACUCUGUCCUAUAGGGUCGCUAUGAGUCAGAAUUGACUCAACGGCAAUGGGAAAGGCCACGCAAUAAAUUAGGAGGUUAGGCUUGAGAGUCCAGGAUUCUCAUUUUUUAUUGAAAAAUAGAGAAAUAAUGUACUUUUGGGAAAUUCAUUUCUUGGUCAGCUUCUGUGGAUGGCAUUUAAUCUAUAAAACGAGAGAUGUCUGUAUUUCCUUCCGUGGGCCACCUUCACCUAGACAGUCACUGCUUUGCUUGAACAUAUCUGAUUCUUUCUCAUACCCUCCACUUGCACCCAAGAGUCAGCUAAGUUGUGGCAGCGUCUAUAUGUGAAUGCAACUUACUGUAGAUAUGAUAAGAUCAAGUCCUUAGGAAAUAAGGUUAAACUCCACCUUCUCUCCCAAGAGAAUAUUAGGGGACAUUUCAGUGUUUGAAAAUUGUAUUUACAAAAAGUUUCGGUGACUCUGGGUUCUUUUUUUGGUUUGUUUCUGUUUGUAUGUUUACUUAAUCUGACCUACUUUUUCUAGCUUUAUUUUCCUCUUUGCCUCUUUAUGCCCUCUAUGUUCUGUCCAGGAAGCACAGGGUGGUACAAAUGGUUAACAUGCUUAGCUAUUAACCAAAUGUUGGUGAUUUGAGCCCACCCAGAGGAGCCUCAGAAGAAAGGCCGGGUGAUCCGCUUCCAAAGAAUCAGCCAUUGAAAACCAUAUGGAGUGCCUCCAUGAACAACCACCUCCUUUGCCAUGAGACUGGAAGAAUGGGAUGGUGCCCAUCUACCAUUACUGAACAUUUUUGGUUAGCAGCCAAGCUCUUAACGACUAUGCCACCCAGGAACUCCUUAUUACUGAACAUUUUGAUCAAAGGUUCUAUAGAAGAAUCCUGAUCAGAAGGGAACAAAUGGAGAAUGGAAUUUCAAAUUCUCAUGGAAUCCAGACUUUCUGAAACACUAGAGGCUUGAUGAAUGCCUGAAACAAUUGCCCUGAGAUAAUCUUUAAACUUUAAGCAAAAAUAAAAAUCCCCUGAAGUCUUCUUAAAACCAAACAAUAGUUUAACUUAACUAGUAAAAAAUGUCUGCCUUGACCAUCAUGCUCUUUUAAGAUCUAUCUAUAUGGGAUCAAAUUGCCAACGGCAACUCGAAGGAUUAGAUGGGAAACUUAGGGGGCAGUGAGUUCACCUUAAUGGGGGAGGACCAACUCAGAAAAUGAGGGUGAGAGUGGUUGCACAACUCAAAGAAUGUGAUCAGUGUCACUGAGUUGUACACAUAGAGACUGUUGAACUGGUGUAUGUUCUGCUGUGUAUAUUCUCAACAACAACAAUAACAAAAAUAAAAUUAUUUAAAAUAAAGCGCUUGCACACUCCAAGCAAGCCAAUAAAGAAUUGUUAAUAUAAUUAUCAAUAAUAAUAAUAAUAAAAACACCCUAUAGAGCACAGUUCUACUCUAACACAGCUGAAGUCUCCAUAAGGUAAGAUCAACUCAAUAGCAACUAGUAGUUAGUAGCAGCUCUGACCAGAAGAAGCCAUCAAACCUGCCUCGAAUUUCCUUUUUCAUGUGUGCUCAAAUCAUUGCUUCUCCCAGGAAUGCUGGACUCAGUCUCCCCCUGUUGACAUAUUUUCAAGGUGCUUCUCAAAUCCACCCCUACAAGAAACCUUUCGUCAUCCAGCCCCUUUAAGAGAAUGCAAUCUUCUCUCCCUCUGACACCCACAGCACUUAGAGCCCCUCCCAAAGGCUCUUGCAUUCUGCCCCCUCCCCCCCGCCGGCAUUGGAGUUAUUUGCAUACUUCACACUCUACAGUCCCUGAGGUCAGGGCUUGUAUUUUACCAGACUUUACUCUCCCCAAGUCACUAGCACCAUACCUUACAUGAGGUGAUAUUUACUAUCUGUGUGGACGUGUCUUUGAGCAUAGAGCAUUACCUUCUUCCCUUCCCAGAACUGUGUAUAGAUUAUAUGACAAUGAGGUCACUACCACCUCCAAUAAUUUGGAAAUGGGGUUGCCAGAUUAAACAGAUAAAAAUACAGGAUGCCCAGUUAAUUAGAAUUUCAGAAAGCAACACAAAAUUUUUCAGUAUAAGUAUAUCCCAAGCAAUACGUGGGACAUGCUUAUACUAAAAAGUAUGUGUUGCUUAUCUGAAAUUCAAAUUUAACUGGGUAUCAUGUGUUUUAUCUGGCAAUUCCACUUGGAAUUUUAAACCAGAAAACUAGCACGUAGUGGAUUACAACAGAUAUAUGUAAAAUCAGAAUGGGCCACUCAGCAAGACUUGAUUGUAAUUGGAGUACGUAAGAAAAGUAUGCUUAUAAAAACACUUCUAACUUCCUCUUGUAACAUAUCUUAAGAAUGUGCUAGUCAGAAAGGGGUCAAUCAGCAAUAGAAAAUAGAGGUCAAAGAGACAAACGUUGGUCAUUCUCUCCAAUAUUGUCCUAGGAACACCGUCUUCCAGGUCUGAGACAUUCUGACCUUAGUAUGCAGGUGGAUUUACCAGGCUUUUGAGUGACACAGGAGCCCUGGUGGCACAGUGGCUUAAAAGCUUGGCUGCUAACCAAUAGGUUGCUAGUUCGAAUCCACCAGUGGCUCUUUGGAAACCCUAGGGGACAGUUCUACCCUGUCCUAUAGGGUUGCAAUAAGUUGGGAUUCACUCCACGGUAUUGGGGUUGGUUUUAUUUUUGUUUGUAUUUGUUUUUUUGAGUGACGCAGGCCACUAGGCUCAACCUAAUUUCCAUGUCACCAUGCAAACUUGUUACCAAGUUGGUUUCUCAUGCCUCUGGGAGUGGAUCUGCUCGUUUUUGAGCAUAAGUAUUCAGCCCUCUGAGGGUAAUGAUUAAAUAAAACGGCACUGGGGCUUUUCUAGACCAUUCUCUCCAUGAGCUUUGGACAGUGUGAGGCUGAUCCAUUCUUGCUAUGCUGGAUCAUCCUAGGUAACAUCAAUAAGUUAUAGUUUCUUUCACCCACUGCACUCUUUUUCUGAGUUUCUACAACUGCAAAUGGCACAAUCCAUUUAUUUAGGGCGUGUCAUGGGUUGAAUUAUGUCCCCCCAAAAUAUGUGUAUCAACUUGGUUAAGCCAUGAUUCCCAGUAUUGUGUGGUUGUCCUCCAUUUUGUGAUUGUAAUUUUAUGUUGAGAGGAUUAGGGUGGGAUUGUAACACCACACUUACUCAGGUCACCCCCCUGAUCCAAGGUAAAGGGAGUUUCCCUGGGGUGUGGCCUAUACCACCUUUUAUCUCUCAAGCAGAGAGCUGGGGAACACAUACUACCAAGAAAGCAGCAACAGGAGCACAGUGCGUCCUUUGGUCCAGGGGUCCCUGUGCCUGAGAAGCUCCUCGACCAUGGGAAGAUUGAGGACGAGGACCUUCCUCCAGAGCCGACAGAGAGAGAAAGGCUUUCCCUGGAGCUGACACCCUGAAUUUAGACUUUUAACCUACUAGACUGUAAGAGAAUAAAGUUCUCUUUGUUAAAGCCAUCCACUUGUGGUAUUCCUGUUAUACUAGUACAAGAUGACUAAGACAGGGUGUAAGUGCAUAAUAAUGAACCCAAAACCCAUUGCCGUCGAGUCGAUUCCAACUCACAGUGACCCUAUAGCACAGAGUAGAACUGCACCAUAUGGUUUCCAAGGGGCACCUGGUGGAUUUGAACUGCCAACCUGAUUAGCAGCUGUAGCUCUUAACCACUAAGCCAGCAGGGUUUCCAUAAUAAUAGUAGCAUUAAUUGAGUCCGUAGGUGGUGCAAAGGAUGAAUGUGCUUGGCUGCUAACUGAAAAGUUGGCGGUUUGAGCCCACACAGAGGAGUCUCUGAAGAAAGUCCCGUCAAUCUACUUCUGAAACAUUCGCCACCGAAGACCCCAUGGUGCACCGUUCUACUCUGACAAGAGUAUGCUCUCCGUGAGUCAGAACCAAUUCCAUGGCAGCUGGUGUUUUCGGGUUUUUAGCAUUUAUUGAGUGCUUAAUAAAUACUUACAACAACCCUCUGUCCCAGUUUUAGAGCUAAAGAAAUAGACAUAGAGAGAUGUAGUAAUCCCUGUCCAAGGCCACAGUCAGCAAGUGGCACAGCUGAGAUGCAAAGCCACAGCUUCCUGAAACCAAUGUCUGUGUUCCUAACUGCUUUGCCCUAGGAUCACGCGGAGAGGAGCUUUAAACAUUAACCAAUACCUGGGCGAUUCAGAAAACGAGCUGAAGGAGACUCCAGAUAAGAAAUCCAAAUAGUAAGGAGGAAGAAAUAUUCACCCUUGAAAGAAAGUGACAUCAUUACCCCUCUCUCACACCCGCGUUUGUGUUUUAUGAGAGGAUGAAACUUAUCUGAAUUACCAUUUAAAAUGUUUUGCCCACAUUACCAGGCUGGACGGACCCUGAAUCAACAGAGAUGUGUGUGUAACAUGAGGGAAGCUAAACAGAGACAGAGGAGGAGGGCAAGGAAGAGGGAGGAGACUCCGGCAAGUUAUUUUUACCUCCUGCUGCUUCACAGAGGAGUCCUGGUGGCACAGUGGUUAAAACCCUUGGUUGCUAACCAAAAGGUUGAUGGUUUGAAUCCACUAGCAGGAGGAAAAUGUGGCAGUCAUUUCCAUAAAGAUUAAACCAUAUGGGGCAGUUCUACUCUUGCUAUAAGGUUGUUAUGGGUCAGAAUUGACUCGACGGCACACAACAACAACAAUAUAUAUGUCUAAAAAUAGAUGUAUGUUUAAAAUAUAUAUAUAUGUCUAAAGAUAAAUUUGUUGUUGUUAGGUGUUGUCCAGUCGGUUUUGACUUAUAGCGACCCUUUGUAUAACAAAACACUGCCUGGUCCUGUACCAUCCUCACAAUCAUCGCUGUGCUUGAGCCCGUUGUUGUACCCACCGUGUCAAUCCAUCUCGUUGAGGGUUUUCCUCUUUUUCACUAAUGCUCUGCUUUACUGAGCGUAUUGUCCUCCAAGGACUGAUGCCUCCUGAUAACUUUUUCAAAGUCUGUGGGAUGAAGUCUCACCAUCAUUGCUUCUAAGGAGCAUUCUGGCUCUACUUCUUUCAAGACAGGUUUGUCCAUGGUGUAUUUAAAUAUUCUUUGCCAACACGAUAAUUCAAAGGUAUCUUCAGUCUUCUUUAUUUAUUAUAUAUAUAUCAUGAACAUAUAUUUUUAUAUAUACAUAUUAAAUAUAUAUAUAUAAACAACAACCCAUUACCAUCAAGUUGAUUCUGAUCCAUACUGACCCUAUAGGACAAUGUAGAACUGCCCCAUAGGGCUUCAAAGGAGUGGCUAGGGGAUUCGAACUGCCAACCUUUUGGUUACCAGCCGUAGCUCUUAACCACUGUGCCACCAGGGCUCUAAAAAAUAUAUUUAUAUAAUGAAUAUAUAUUAUUCUUUAUAUAUAUAAAAUCACCAAAUCCUUCAUAGGAGAGUCCCAGGUCUAGAAAGUUAAACCACUUCCGGUGACUCGUGUCAACAGACUUUUGUCAGAGAGCACUUCCAUAAUUAGAACUUGUGACCAACAUGUCAAAUCACGAGGAUAAAUCACAAGUAUUUGUCGUGAGCUCUGAUUUCUUAGCAAAAGACAACCUGUUAAAAUGUCAGGGCUUUGUGUUUUUCCUGUGAUUAUUACUGUAGUCGGCACCUUCUGAUUGUGAACAGCUUGUCGUAAGGGGCUUCUCCUGUGUUAUUUAAUCUUCUCAAUAACCCCACCCAACCCAGCACUGUCGAGCUGAUUCUGACUCAUAGCGAACCUAUAAGACAGAGUAGAACUGCCCCAUAGAGUUUCCAAGGAGUGCCUGGCGGAUUUGAACUGCCGACCCUUUGGUUAGCAGCUGUAGCACUUAACCACUAUGCCACCAGGGUAAAAAUUCUUACUGUCCCCAUUUUGUGGAUAAAGACACUGAGUCCCAGAGAGGUAAAUUUUCUUGUCCAAGAUGGUGACGGUGCCAUUGAGAAAACAGUGGUGUCUCUACUUGAACCCAAAUCCACUGUUGAUAGAUUCCAUGUUUUCCCCACUGUGGUGUGCAGACCUGAGCCCGUGGAGUAUUGUGAAAUAGGUUGGUUUGAUCUUCAUAAUCUCUAUGGACACUGCAGCGAACAAAACCACAGUGGCUAGUCCAUGCCUUGUUCCCUCAGGGCCCCCUGUAGGUGCCUGCCUGGCUGACCAAUGCCUCUGAGAAUCCCUGAGAGAACAGUGACCUAGAAAGGCAAGGAGGAGAGCUUCCAGGAGGGAGCGCUCAGUGUCAGAUGCCAGGUAUGAUAAGUUCUGACAAACAGGCCGUGUUUUGUUGUGACUUUGUGCCUUUGGUACAUGCUGUUCCCUCAGCCAAGACUGUCUUCUCCUGCUUUUUUGGAUUGAUCAAUCGCUACUCCUUCAACACUUAGCCCAAAAUAUUUCUUUUUUUCCUCUCUGCAAUAGAAAGAUCAUUAUUGUUUAAAAUAUAAUAGAGUCUUUUAAAAAUAGAACACUAGCUAACAAGUUUUUUAAAAAAGAAGACUCAACAUUGUGCCACCCUCCAGAGCUAACUUAAAAAAAAAAAAAAAUUGCUGCGGAAUCAACUCCCACUCAUAGGGAACAACCCUCUAGGAGAGGGUAGAACUGCCCCAUAGAGUUUCCAAGGAGCACCUGGUGGAUUUGAACUGCCGACAUUUUGGUUAGCAGCCAUAGCUCUUAACCACUACACCACCAGGGUUUCUUAAUAAUUAAUUUAGGAAAUGGUAUCAUAGCAUAUAUGUCUUGUAACCCUCAUUUUGACUCACUACAGGAAGUCUGCUGCUAACCAAAAGAUGUGGAGUUGGAACCCACCAGCUGCUCUGUGGGAGAAAAGACAGUGGCAAUCUAUUCCUAUAAAGAUUUCAGCCUAGGAAACCCUAUGGGCCAGUUCUACUCUGUCCUAUAGGGUUGCUACGAGUUGGAAUCGACACAGCAACAACAACAAUAUACGUACUUAUGGAAUGCCUGGAUGAUGCAAACCGUUAACACACUCACCUGCUAACCAAAAAGUUGGAGGCUCAAGUCUACCCAGAGGUGCCUUGAAAGAAAGGCCUGGUGAUCUACUUCCGAUAAAUGAGCCAUUGGAAACCCCGUGGAGCACAGUUCUACUCUGACACACAUGGGACAGCCACGAGCUAGAACUGACUCAACGGCAUCUGGUUGCUGGCUUACAUACCCAUAUAUAUCAGUAAGCAUAGGUUUAUACAACAUUUUAUUCAAAAUAAAUACAUGUAACAGAUAAAUCCUCACUGCAGAAAAAUUAACAUAAGGAAAAAGUAAAAACCACAAAAAGCCCUCCUAGAGAGAAUCAUUAUUAAUAUUUUGGCAAACAUCCUUCUUCAUACACAUGUACUCUCAUGUUCCUCCUCCCCUCCCCCCACGUUUUUAUAUAAACAGGCUCAAAAAUUCAGCGAGACCUUGGGGCUAGCCUGCCAUGGUAACAAAUAUGCCACGAGAUCAAUCUUAUUAAUGAUUGCAUAAUGUCAAUGUCAAGCAGCAGUCAAAAAUCAAAGGACACAUUGCAUUGGGCAAAUCCGCUGCAAAAGACCUCUUUAAAGUGUUAAAAAAGCAAAGAUGUCGCUUUAAGGACUAAAAUGUGCCUGAUCCACGCCAUGGUGUUUUCAAUCGCCUCAUAUGCAUGUGAAAGCUGGACAAUGAAUAAGGAAGUCCGAAGAAGAAUUGACGCCUUUGAAUUGUGGUGUUGGCGAAGAAUAUUGAAUAUACCGUGGACUGCCAGAAGAACGAACAAAUCUGUCUGGGAAGAAGUGCAGGCAGAAUGCUCCUUAGAAGCAAGGAUGGCCAGACUGCGUCUCACAUGCUUGGGACAUGUUAUCAGGAGGGUCCAGUCCCUGGAAAAGGUCAUCAUGCUCGGUAAAGCGGAAGGUCAGAGAAAAAGAGGAAGACCCUCAGUGAGAGGGACUGACACAGGGGCAGCAACAAUGGGCUCAGGCACAGCGACGAUCGUGAGGGUGGCGCGGGCCUGGGCAGUGCUUCCUUCUGUUUUACAUAGGGUCGCUAUCAGUUGGAAAUGACUUGCCAUUUCCUGACAAGAACAACAAUGAUGUUUUAUUGGGAGAUUGUAACUGUAUUUAGUUGAUUGAGAUGCUAGUGAUGAACGUCCUCAUACGUACAGUAUUCAUUCUGGAGUAAGAAAUAGACUUAAAAAUCAGAAGGUAAAAUUCUGGAGAUUCCACAUGAUCACAACUGUGUUUAAGGAAAAAAAAAAAAAAAAACCCACCACAGAUGAAAAAUCUCAAAGUUCAGCUAUGUUGACACAGGUUAUUUCUGGGCAGAGGGACCAGGGGUGACUUUGUUUUUUUGCUUACUCUUCUGUCCUUCAUUAUGUUGACUCAGGCAGAAAUGUAUUUUACCUCUGGCAGACCCUCUCUUUCCAGGUUCCUUGGCACCACACUUGCCUCCAUCACUUGCAACUUUCCAUCAUUAGUUUGUCAUAUCCUGUUCCUCAAAGGGAAACCCUAGUGGUGUAGAGGUUAAGAGCUACAGCUGCUAACCAAAAGGUUGGCAGUCUGAAUCCACCAGGUGCUCCUUGGAAACCCUAUGGGGCAGUUCUACUCUGCCCUAUAGGGUCUCUAUGAAUCGGAAUUGACUCGAUGGCAAUGGGUUUGGUUUUCGUUUUUAUUCCUCAAAGAGUUGUCAGUCCCUCCAAGUCUUUCAGGGACCUGUCCUUCCUUAAGUUAGCAUCAACUGGGCCCCACAGAUGCUCAGCAGGUAGUUGUGGACUGACUUGGAGAGUGAAUUUGAGGCAAGGUGUUAAUAUCAUGUGCAUUUAACAGAGCCUGCCUCCCCAUGUUGUCCACUUGUGGGGAAGAAGCCUUGAGGGACAUACAAGGGCAUGAAGGCCUUUCCUGCCUCAGAUCAGAAUCCCCGGGCGGCCCUCCAGCUAGGUGCCCACCUGUCUCUGUCGGCUCCCUGAACUGACCUGGCCAGAAGGAAGAUGGUUUCUUUGGGCAGCAGCUGUCCCCUCCCCAGAAAACUCUAAGCGAAUGCAGAGGAUAUCUUCAGUAUUUCCAUAGAGUUCACCGCCGAGUGGGUUGCUGUUUUAUGUUUGGUUACUGGUGAGACACUUCCUCUUUUCAUCUGAAUGUCUAAUCCAGGCUCACCCUUCCCCUUGGAGACUGAAAAGGGGAACGUGAAAGAAAAACUGAAAAUUUCAGAUCUAGCACAAGAGACCAUGCUGUCAUCCUUAGGCAGGGGCUGGGGAAGCCACCCCGGAAACCAUGACCUCCUCCGGUGGUCAGAGACACCACCUGACCUGGGCCUUUUCCCUACCCUCAUGCUAACUUCCUUAGCACCCUCUCAAGUAUUCUUAAAUGCUACAAGGGAUCCUUGGCACACCUAAUGCCUAUUUUUCAGAAAGCAUCAUUCUUAAAGUAAAAAAUAAAAUCUGUUUAGGUGUACUGGUUAAGCACUUAGCUGUUAACAGAAAGGUCGGCAAUUUAAAUCAACCAGCAGCUCUGCAGAAGAAAGAUGUGGCAAUCUCCUUCUGUAAAGAUCGCAGCCUUAGAAACCCUAUGGGUUAGUUCUACUCUGUCCUAUAGGGGUCGCUGUGAGUCAGAAUCAACUUGAUGGCGACAGGUAUUGAGUUUACUGUAUUCAUUACAUACGAGUAAAUCUGUGUAUGUAUGUUAUAGAUACACGCAUGUACAGGUGUAUAUGAUAAAUGUGUGUAUAUGUAGAUAUACAUAUGAGAUUGUGAAAGCUUUUGGAAACUGCCUGAGGCAUAAAAAAUAACUUGCCUGACAUCAAAGAAUUGCAAAAGAAGCCACAGCACCAAGGGCCUUAGUGACUGCUUAGCGAUUUGUAGCAUGAUUGAUGAUAAGCAUCUAUCUGCUCCAGUAAGUUCAAGUAGAACUGUAACAAUCUGUUUGUUCCCGGAAACAGUGACUGAAGUCACAAAUCAUAAAUAAUAAAAGAUAGAAAAAAUCCUCUUUUAACCUAAUGGACUAAGAGAUUUCUCGCUUUUCAUUUCUGCUAAUGGCCUCUCUCCUGAGGUACUGCCAGAGCUGGCCCGUUACAGGCAAACCAAGCCUCAGUUUGCAAGCAGCACAGGCGCCAAGAGAUCAUUUCUAAGUUGGUUGUUUGGAAGGCAGAAUGUGGCUCUUCCGGCCCUAGCUGAGCUGGGUGUUUGGGGCUAGGGUUCUACGUAGUGCCUGAGGGAGCAUCAACUCCUGCUCCUCUGCACGUAGCCUUGAUUCUGAGCACAAUUUAAGCAUAACUUUCAUUUCCAUCUUGCCACUUCCCUUUUGGCAUCCAGGUCCCAGUGCCCUAAAUCGUUUGGACUGCAGCACCCUCCCCCAAGCUAUCUCACCUCCUCUGGGCUGCUCUCCCACCAAGGAACUUCGGGACCCCAAAUUACCAGAUUCAAGAUCUGCACCCUCUUUAGUGGGACCCUCAGGCUCCCUACUGCACCCUGCUUCCAGAACACUGACAGCAGGUUACUAAAUGACCUUUCCUUGGGAAAAAGGCCAUGGCCCCAGAAAAGAAGCUUCCAGUUACAACUUGUCUAUAAGCCUGAAAUUAUUUUAAGAAACCUUGGUAUUUCUCAAGAACCAGUGAAUGAUGCAUUAGUACUCCCAAUUUGAACAGGCAUUACAUGCAUGCCGUAUUACUGAAAAAUGGGUUCAGGCAAGGGUCGAUGCGGGCACUGUGGUCAAAGAAUGAAUUCUGCGAUUUCUAGGUCCAAGAGGGAAACAAGUAACAUGAGAGAAGCUGAGGUGAUCAUUAGAGUUGAAGACUGAACACCUAUAGAAUUACAUUCCUCGAAGGAGAGCCAGGAGCCCUGAUGGUGCAGGGGUUAAGAACUCAGCUGCUAAACAAAAGGAAA